UCGUCAACCCAGGAAAACCAGGAAAUAACAAUUGCCGACGGGAGGUUCCGUAUAGACUACAAGAUUGCCGACGGAGGCUUCAGCCGCGUGUACGUAGGCACCGACAAGACAACCAACAAGCAAGUGGCUAUCAAACUUGAGGAGGUCAUAUUAUUGCCCCGCAGGGACCGGACGGUAGAGCUCGAAGGGCGGCUAUACCCGAGGCUCCCCCGCAACAGCUCCCCCAAGCUGCUUUGGACGGGUACGACCAAAGGCGGAUUCUACGACGCCCUGGUGACUGACCUGCUUGGCCCGUCAUUAUGGAACUUGUUUGAGUACUGUAGGCAUCCUUUCUCUAUGGACACAGUAUGCAAUGUCGCCAUCCAGGCACUCAAUCGCCUGGAAGGUAUUCACAAAAAGGGCAUCAUCCACAAUGAUAUCAAGCCGGGCAACUUGGCCAUGGGGUCUGGCAAGAAGGGGAACUUCCUAUACAUCAUCGAUUAUGGGCUUGCCUCGACAUUCUCAGAUAUCCAGCACAAAGAGAGGGACUCCGGGGGGCUGGUGGGAACGGAGCACUACGCACCUCUGGAAGCUAUACGGGACAGAAGAACGAGAUCAUACCGAGACGACCUCGAGUCCCUGGGCCUCAGUCUUGUCGAGCUAGCUGAGAGUAAGCUGCCGUGGGAGAGUGUGAGAAGAUCCAAGCGCCUGGACCUGCGGGAGAAGCUCACGCUGGACAAACUCUGUGGCGGCUUGCCGGCGGUCAAGUUUCUUCUGGAACAUGCGCGAAGGCUGCGCUUUGAUCAACUGCCAAAUUAUAGGCAGCUGAUCAAGGAGUUUGAAAGAGCGCGCUCCAAACUUGAACCGGGACAAACCUGGGUCUUUGAUUGGGUCGAUAAACGGUAUAAGGCGAUGCAGAAGAAGAUGCAGGAGCGGGCGGCGAGCACGCAGAGCAGAAGGCGUUCUCGGGACGAGGAUGAUGAAGGCGAGGAAGAGGCACCUCCCCGGAGGCGGCGCCGGCUGCAAUAG